UAUUUUGCCGUCUAAACUAAAAUUAGAUACGUAUAAAGUCUUACUUGUAAAAGGAAUCAAAAAUAAAGAUUAUUCGCUUAUAGAUAGAAGAUAUACUACUCCCGGAGGAUAUGUUGAUCCAGAGGAACAGUUUGAAGAUGCAGCAAAAAGAGAAUUGAUUGAAGAGGGUUUAAGUCAUAAAAAUAUAAAGAAAGAAAAGGAAGCUGAUCAAUUGAAAGAACACGUGGGAGCUGAAGCUGAUCAAUUGAAAGGACACGUGGGAGCUGAAGUUGACGACGAAAAAAUGCUGAAAGAUUUUAUGGGAAAGGGAGAAAUAGUAUAUUAUGGCUAUAACGAUGCGAAAGGGGUAAUAAAAUUUUUAACUAAAAUUUUUUUCUCAAGUUAAAUAUACCUAUAUUUGAUUACGAAUUUACAUUCAAUUAAAUUUACAAAAAUUUAAUAUUUUACAGAAUAACACAGACAAUGCAUGGAACGAAUCUAUAACAUACGCUUUUGAAAUUAAGCCUAAAGAUUUAGAACAUUUCGGAGCAGAAAAUGGAAGUGAUGCAGUAAAAGCAAUGUGGAUGACAAUAGAAAUUGAUGAAGAUUCAGAUGAAGUAAAGUCCCUUUUAAUCAACAACAAAGGGGAAUCAGAAGUUGAGAAGGAGGAUCAAACAGUUGAAGAUAUGCAAAUAGAUGAGUCAGUUGAGGGGAAGUCGACAGUUGAUGAGAAAGAGUCGGAAUUUGAUAACGAAAAGAAGUUUGAACUUCUUGGCAAGAAAAUAAAAACUAUAUUCAGUAUGGAGGAAAAAAUAGAUUUUGUUCUUAAAACCUUCAAGGUCGUUACUUUUAAUUUUUAA